AUGGCGACGAACAGGUUCCUGUGCGAGGUGUGCGGGGAAGGGUUCCAGCGGGAGCAGAACCUGCAGCUCCACCGGCGCGGGCACAACCUGCCGUGGAAGCUGAAGCAGAGGAACCCGAGGGACGCCGGGCGGCGGAAGGUGUACCUGUGCCCGGAGCCGACCUGCGUCCACCACGACCCGUCGAGGGCCCAUCGGCGACCUGACGGGGAUCAAAAGCACUUCAGCAGGAAGCACGGCGAGAAGAAGUGGAAGUGCGACAAGUGCUCCAAGAAGUACGCGGUGCAGUCCGACUGGAAGCCACGCCAAGACCUGCGCCACCCGCGGAGUACCCACUGCACUGCGGCCACGGCUCUUCUCCAGGUAACUUCAACAACAGCUCCAGCAGUAACAAGCAACGAGCAGCAGCAGCAGCGCAGCAGCCAGCAACCCAACUCUACCCUCUUCGCCAACCUGUACAGUUCGUCGAUGCAGCAGCAGCAGCACCACCACCACCACCAUCAAGAGUCUGCCCCUCCCCAGAUGUCGGCCACCGCGCUGCUGCAGAAGGCAGCGCAGAUGGGCGCGACUACGAGCAGCGGCAACAGCUCCAGCUUCGCCAUGUUCUGCAACAUGAACGAGAGUAAGUUCAGGCAGGCGGAGGAGAUGACCAGAGAUUUUCUCGGGGUCGGGAGCAUGCUGAGGAUGUCGCAGAGAGAACAGAUGGGCUCGUCGGCGGCGGAGCUGGGCAAGUCUUUUGCCGGCGGGAGCCUGCAGUGA